CUCCGCCGCCGGCCUUUGCAUGUGUCCAUUCAGCUGGAAGCAAGUAAAACCUGGUGGGCAGAGGAGGAGUUUUUGAAGAAAAGAAAGAGAGGGAAAAAAAAAGCCACAGUGAUCCGAUUAUCUGCAGGCCGAGUUCCGUCUUCCUGUGAGUGACCAGGCGACCUUACUUGACUGCAAGCCCGCCAGCCAGAACACCGGGGGUUUGCGCCUGCCUUUUCCGAUGUCAAACAAACAUAAGAAGCUGCCCUAGCACCCCUCUCCAUCGUCCCCGUCUGACUGGACUUGUUACUUCACCCCUGGUGCCUCCCAUCUCUUACCACCUGCGCGAACCAGCAUUCGGUUCUUGGCCUGCCUGUACGACGGCAAGUCUUCCCAUCUCGCUCUUACCUAAGAUGCUCGGUUCGUAGUGGCGGCCACCAAAGCGGUCAGAGUCAGAGCAGAGACAAAGCCCAUCCGAACACAAAUCAAGGCCACAGCAUCGCACACAGGGGCAAGCCAAGGCGAGGGCCAGACGCGCAUACAGAAGCGGUAGUAGUAGCAACAGCAACAGCAGCAGCAGCAUACCCGUCGUCGCGGAACCCGGCCAACGGAGAUUACAGCCGAUGAGCGAGGAGCGGCCACGACCACAGACAGCCCAGCCACCGAGGCCUGUCGCCCAUCAGUGGCACCGACGAGCACCACAGCAACUCAAGACAUAAAAAACCCUGGGGCCCUGGGCGGAGUCGGCUCCCCAUCGAGCCCACCCGCCGAACCCAGCGAGCCACCCCACCCAACCACAAAUCCACCACCGCUACCCGCCCACCCAGAAGCCCACCCCCAUCUGCAACGGUCCAAGUCAUACAGGUUCUGUUUCGGUCGUCAUUUGCCAAUCCGCAUUUGGCUCGAAGCGGCAGCUGAGUGGCACCCUGCCCCAGCCGGUCCAUGAGGCGAGAGAGGCCGAGUCAAGCAAGGCCGCUGCGCUGCAUUUUGCCGACUUACACGCGCGGCCAGCCAGCCCAGGUGGGCGUGUGUGUGCCACAUUCCUCUGCGUGCCCUGGACAACGGCACUCUCUUGGGGACUCUCAACCCAACGAGUCCGACCGGGAGAACAACAGCGAGCGCCCUCUCGUGACGUCCGCUGCGCCCACACCCCCCUCCUCCUCGGUGCGGGUCUUAAAGGGUUGCUUUGCCGGGCGGCGGAAAAUAAAAGGACACAAAAAUAACAAUAAUAGACUAGAAGCACGGCGAACCGCAGCCAACCGACUAGCGGGCGGAUAUCGAAUAACGUAAAGCACGCAACAAAGACGUUACCCGGUCCGCCGCGCCCCUCUCCUCCGUCACCGCAGCUUGCCUGCUUGGCCGGGCCGACGCGACGAACAAAUUUCAUCGAUCGACAGUUCCAUCGAGGCCGACACAAUCUGGCUUCUCCUGAAGCCCGCUGUCUUACAAACCAAGCCCAACCCUAAGGGUCCAGAACCAGAAAAAUCUCCACUCAGCCCUUGGCCUCUUGUGAUUUUUUUUUUGUUUUUCCGCUUCUUGUCGACCUUGCCCGUUUCUGAUAUUCGACAGCCCGUCUUGGAAUUUUGCAUCGAACCGGAGUCACCCGAGCAUCAUUUAUUGCCUUCUCUUACGGAUACUUGCUUCUUUCUUUUUCUCCUCCCUUCUUACUGAGCCGGUCCCAUAUUUGUUGGCCACCACCUCUCGGCACUCUACUCACGGUCAAUCUCUCUCUCUUGGGGGCGCAUUUCCCGUCUGGUGCUCACAGGUGUCUCCAAUUGUCCUGGUCUUAGUUUCUAGCAUUUGCGCCCGGUUGCGACAAGGACCCGAAUCUGGUGGCACAACAUCUUUCUUUCUUAUUUCCACACACGCCUCUGUUUGACCUUUUUGCUUUUUUUCUUUUCUCAUAUUUCUUUUAUCCCCAAAACGUCAGUUCCAGCAGCCCACGGAAGUGGCUGGCCCUGGCUGCUGAAUCAUACCUACGAGCCUUCGGGACAUUGCGCUUCCACUUGAACGCCACAAGGGCCACCCACCCCCACCGCCGUCGACAAGGCUGCACCCAGUCGAAGCUCUAACAGACACCCCGGUUCGGUGCCUGUAACGACCAGGACUGCCACCCGUGUCUUCCCCCGGUCCCCCAACUUGGCCUUGAACAAAAACCGUUUGACCGCCGGGUUCCGUCACCCUCCAGGCUUCGUUCGACCUUUACCGUCCGCGCCGCACAUCCGCCCUCCAUCGACGACAACAGCCUGCUUCCGCCGCCGCCGCUACUGCUGCAACUCCCUUCACCCAACCGGCCGGAAACACCAUGAUUAUCGACGGCGAGAAGUGGGCUUGUGAGGCCUGCGUUCGCGGACACCGCGUCAGCAACUGCCAGCAUUCGGACCGCCCAUUACAGCACAUCAACAAGAAAGGCCGGCCCGUGUCGCAAUGCCAGCACUGUCGGUCGAUGCGCAAGUCGCGCCAAUCUCACAUCAAGUGCGACUGCGGCGAGAAGUCCCACAAGUGCGCGCACCUGAAGACUACCGUCGAGGGUCACAGGGAUAGCUGCUGCUGCAACCACGGCGGCCGCUGCACCUGCUCUCACAAGAAAGAACCACAGCUCGACCCCGUGCCGGAAUCCGACUCGGAUGACCACGCCACCACCGUCUCUGCCACGGUGUCGUGCGGCGCCCUCGGCAAGCCGGCAGCCGCGACAAAACAGACCGCCGCCAAGGGAGGCGCCGUGCGCAGCAGGAGAAGAGCCAACACGAUUCACUCCGACGGCGGCGCAUCAUUAACGUUUGACGAGAACGGUCGUCACAAGCCGACCUACAAGCACGCAAAGGCCUCGUCCAAGUGCGAGCCCUACCCGCUCAAGCGCGUCAACUCGGUCCACAGCACGAGCAGCCUCCCGAACCGAAGUCCCGCCGACAGCCCGGCCGCAGUCGGCUAUGGUGCCGCCGACAUGGCUUCUGGCCCCGAGGCGGCUGCCCGGAGAGCCGUCAAGUCCGAGGCCACCUCGCCUCUCCUGACACCCGGCUUCUCGCAGCUCAAUGGCCAGCUGACGCCCCUCGACCUCUCGGGUAUCGAGUAUCCACGCUACGUUCCCGGUGCCGGCAGUGCCGGCUUUGACCUGUUCGGGACGGGCGGCCUCGCAGAUCACGAGGGCCCCAUGUUCAGCGCGGGUCUGACCGCCCCUCACGUCGACUGGAGCCACUACGACCUGGACUUUGGGCGGUCCGGCGGCGACGGGUUCGCCUCGUCCAGCUACGGCGGGGGCGCCCACGGAUACACGGGCGCCGGCGCCUUUGACUUCAGCGGCUCCGAGCAGGCGCCCACCAUGACGACGGCCACGUCGGGCGACGUGUCCGAGGUCGAGGACUUCAUGGGCCCCGGCGGCGCAGACGACUAUGACGUGGGGAGCGCAUUCGGCGCCGCGUACAGCGGCCUCGCCUCUGGGGCCGCUGACCUGUCGGCUCUCGAGUACGAGGACUUUGACCCCGUUUCAAAGGUCCAGGGGGCGCUGGGCGCCGGCACAGGCACCAAGCUGUACGCGACCUCGUCCGCCGCCGGCACCGCUGACGACUCGGUCCUGGCCGCCGUGCCCGCCAGCGCCGCAUUCGCCGACGACCCGUUGUUCUGGAUGAAUGAUUAUCCGCACGGCAUGCCUAUUAUUGACAACUCCACCCCGGACCCAAAUGGGCUCUACAACUGGGACACCCGGUAACAGCCAAUGCGGCUGCUAUCACCCAAAAUUCCAAGGAGCCUCUGGGACAAACGCCCACCACAUGGGACGCCCAAGCUUCCUUAGCUCCGACUGACCCCACGACACCCAAGUGCGUGCGUGGCAAGAACGGUCGGAACACCCACGUUUGUCAGGAACAACAGACUUCCGCCAACCAGGUGGCUACAUCUGUCUUGCUCUCCUGACGCCACCGCCACGGUAUAUAUUACGUUUUGUCCCAAGCGGACACCCCAUCAUGAACAACUAUGCCGGCACGAUUCCCCUCGUGCAACGAAGUUACCCCGGAUCUCCCCAAGCGAUUCACCAUCUUUCUGGCCAUUCCCCCUUUGCAUCCGGAUACGACGAAAAGACUCGAGAAGCAUGACAUCUGCCACGUUUUGCCAGUUUUUUGCCAUAUCGACCGAUCGCACCGCAUAUAUCCCAUUUAGCUUUUUCUUCCCUGUGAUUACUUGCAUUCGAUCACCUCUGUUUAUACUCAGUCUUGUUGUCAUAGGGUGUGUUGGGUUUCAUGGAGCAUCAGAGGUUGUGUUGGUGGCUGUGGAUGUCUCUUUUCACGUCUGAGUGGGCGGUUUUGUUUUUCGCGAACCUGGACGAACCGAAAACGAACAAAAAAAGAUGUCUUUCCUUGUUGGGGUGGAGCUUGCACCCAACACUAGUGGGAGAUAGCCUUGUCUCUUGGCAUGGGAACAGGUCGGAGACGAAUGAGGUGCAAAAAAAGAAUAGUGGAGAGGAUGCAUGGUCGGCAGGACGCCCAUCUCCUUCCCCCGCUUGUCAAGUCGGAGUUUUGAUGUGCCCAUGAGAUCGCUCGUUUCUUUGACAGAUUCUCAUAUACUUGUUAUCGCUUUCGCGACGAAAGCAAAGCGUGCGCACACAAAAGACUCUCCGACUGACCGGGAAUAGGGGGGCCACACCUCGUCCGCCCUUGUCUUCUUUUCCCCCUGUCAACCUCGUGAGCCGCCUUGCUGGCACGCGUACUCGACAAGACCGGUUACUGGUGGGGACCUGGCAACCUACCUACCUCGCACCGUUCAUGCACCGCGGCUUCCUCAUGUUGGCUACGGGGAUAGCACACGAGGUUUCCGUUAUUGGGCGUUGCUAACAUCGAAGAGUAGCGAGAAGGCGUUUCAUAGACUAAAAAAGAGUGGCGGGCAUUUUCUGGCGCAGGGGAAAAGGAGGCAAGGAUGGUAAAAAGUGAGGCGCGUUUGCUUUGGUUCGUUGAUGAUUUACCUUGCUUCUAGCUGUACAAACACAAUCGCAUCGUUCGGAUAAGGAAAAAAAAAAAGGAUUGGGGCUGCCCAUGGGUCGGAUAUGGAAGGGAACCGGAGGGGAAUUUACAACUAGGACAUGUUGUUUUGCAUAACGCGGAUGAUCCUUGGAUUCCAACAUCGCUUGAUGUUUCCCUUCCAGCGUUGAAACAGGAACGACUGGACACUUGUGUCGGUCAGAGCCGAGAAGGCUCGGUGGGCUCGGUGACUGGGCCGAGCUCGCCCAUGAACAAGGCGGAACAAACGUGACGCGCCCUAGCAAGGAGGUGGGCUCGAGAUCGAUGGCACUCUCGGAAGACGCCGGUCGUUUCAUGGUGUUUCCGUCGGGUAGCGGCGACGCUUGACAAGGCGUGGUUCUCCCCCUUUUUUUGCUUGCUUUUUGUCGAUUUUAUUUGUUCUGCCAUCUCACGACGCUGAUCUCGAUGUCGAUCCAAAGUCCGUGGCGCGGCCGUGGCCGGGGGACCCACCGCGGAGCGGAUCGGGGCGGAUCGGGGCGGAUCGGGGCGGAUCGGGGCGGUUCGCGGACGAGGACAUGGGGGGAAGUAGGGUGACCGGUAAAAGAAAAGAGAAAAAGAUCAGAGUUGCCCCCUCCUGCGUCUGAGACUCCCCCUCCGUCAUCGGGUCCGGGAAGCCCCAACAAAGUCUCCGUGCCGUAGCGAUGCCAUUGGUUUACUGCCGUUUUGGAAGUCAGUGCGGCCCGCACUAUCAGGUGACAGAUGAUCCGUCGCCCGACCAGCCAGCCCGUAGCCUCCUCUGGUCCUCCCUCCUGCUCCAACUUGCUGGGCCGCGGGAGUGUUUGUUGCUGCAUAGCCAUCGACAGGGCCGCCGUCGGUCGAUUUCGUCCGCUUCGUUGGUGAUCGGGUAGAGUCGUUGGUCUUGUGAAGAGGGAACA